CGUCACAGCGAAAACAUUGUUGCUGAUCAGGAAACGAAACAACUGCAUUUGCGCUAUCUCUCUCUUGUGUUGUUAUUCGCACUGAGUUUUCAUCAUGGUCAAAGUAUCUUUUAAUACGGCUCUCGCCCAAAAGGAUCCAAAGAAGGACAGUGAGACUCUUAUUGUCCAGGAUCCAGAGGCAGCAGUUUUUGUGCGUCAGCAGUCAAAGGUGUGGUGCUUGUGCUUCUGUCUGGGAUUGGCUUUUGUACUCUCUGGUGUUGUGGUGGGAGGAGCUUACCUGUAUAGGUACUAUGUGCUAGAGAUCCGGGGCUUCAGCCCUAUCAGACAGGGUCUAGCUACGCUGCUGCCUGAACGUGUAGAUGAGGAGCGCGUGUUUGUCUGUGGGAUGAAGUAUUUUGAGGAAGACUAUGAGAUGAAUGAGGAGGUGGAGGUGGAGGUGGAGGUGGAGACCGCACUGAAGUUGAUUGAGGAGAAUGUGAGCUUUCUGGAGAACGAUGAAGUGGAGCUCAUCACAGUACCAGUCCCUGAGUUCAGAGACAGCGAUCCAGCAAAUAUCGUGCAUGACUUCAACAUGAGGCUGACUGCUUAUCUUGACCUGAAUCUGCACAAGUGCUACAUCAUUGCCCUGAACACCUCUAUCGUCAUGCCACCCAAGAACUUUUAUGAGUUACUGGUCAACAUCAAGGCAGGAACAUAUCUACCUCAGUCGUACCUGGUGCAUGAAGAGAUGAUGGUUACAGAGAAGCUGGAAAGCACCACUGAACUGGGCUAUUUCAUCAAUAACCUGUGCAAAGGCAAAGACAUGUACAGACUUCAGCGCAGAGACACCAUACUUGGUAUGCAGAAGCGCGAGGCACUUAACUGCCACAAGAUUCGCCACUUUGAAAACAAGUUUGUUGUGGAGACCUUGAUCUGUGAGCCCUGAGGAUAAAGCAUAUCAGGGAGCAGAGGAAAAGAGAGGGAGGAGAAAUACACACAGGUGUCUCUGAUACAACUUCACCUUUUAAACUUUCUUCAGUGCAGUGAAAAGCUUUUCCUUUGUAGCUGUUUGUUUUCCAACUGAGGGUUUCCCAUACUUUAUAAAAUCUAAAAUGUGAAAAUUACAUUUUUUCCAUGUUUUUUUUUUUUUUUUUUUUUUUUCUGCACAAAGAUGUGUGAUUUGUGUAUCUACUACUAUUUUCAAAAUACUACUCUUAGUAAUAUUGCACACAAAAGAAUAAUAGAAAUCAAAUCAGAGUUAAGACAGAAUGGGUAUUGAAAUAACUCUUAUUUUCACAUGAGUUUACUAAAAAUACAAGAGUUUGGUCUUUUUAUAUCUCUAAACAGUCUAAAACUAUUUAAUAUUUGCAGCAUCUACUGUAUGUAUUAUUGACACUGUUGAAAGAUAAUAGCGAAUUUGUGUAAUCUGGAUCACACGCUUGCAGUUCUAAAAUGCAUGGCAUCACAAUUUGAGGUAUUGUUCAAGCUAUAUUUAAUUUAAGCUAUAAAUAUUUAGUUAUAAAUGUGACAUGUAACCUUGAAUUGAGCAUACAUACACAGUGCUUUCUGUCAUGUACGAAUAAGAACCUCAGAAAAGCCCAAAUUUAAAAAAUUAUAAUUUGAAAUUUGACUUUUUUAUACUAUAUAGCCUCUUAAUUUCUAAUUUGUAUAUAACCUGUCAAUAAAAAAAGACCAAUCAUUCA